AUGCCCCCUCGCAACCUGCCAAGGUCGCCAUUUGCUGGCAUUGGUGCCGGGAACAGCAUCGUAGCAAGCUCCGCCCGAGAGCCUGCGUCUCCAAUUCGCCCUUCACAUACACCUGGCGCACCCAGCAGCAAGUCCAACACACCACGCCGACACAUCGGCCUUUCUCACCCCGUUGUACACCCAGCCACCUGUGCUGCCUUUUCCGAAACCGAAUUCGUCAAUUCAGGUGUGGGAGACAGUCUAUCUCGUGCCUUCUACUUCGAUGUCAUUCUUGAACAGUCUGCUUCGUCUGCCUCCUCCUCAUUCUCCCUAUCAAAGUCCAACACUUCCUCGGCUUUCGAAGCAUGGCUAGGCGACCGUGUCCAUGACUACGACGCCGAUCCUUCUACAGCUAUCGGCUCCUACGAUGAGUCUUUGCCAGUCCCAAGAUCAUCGAGCGCAUCCAGCAUCACUGCAGUGUCUUCUUCCUCUGCCGCCUCUUCUUCCCCUUCCACUAGCGCUAAGCCCUCCAAUAUCGAUCCUUCGCGCCUGUUUGGCCGCGUUCAGGAGCUCAUCGAUACCGAACGCAGCUACGUAAAGCGCAUCGAUGUUCUCUACCACAAGUAUGCCGUCCCGCUUCGCACUCUUGCAAAGGAUCGCGACAGAGCCAUCAUCCCCCUCUACGAGGCUCAAAAGCUCUUUGGCAACAUCGGCGAAAUUGCAGGUGCCAAUCGUGCGUUUCUUAACGAUCUCGAGCGUCUAGCAUCUCAAGGUCACCAAGCCCUCCUUGCUGGCCUCGGUGAUGUUCUCUACAACCAUAUGUCGUGCUUUUCAUGCUACACCGAGUACUUUGCGAAUUUUGAAAAGGCCAAGCACAUUGAACGUACGCUGGCAAAACAUCGCGCAUUCUGCGACUUCACCGAUCGAACAAAGUACUCAGUCACCGAUAUCGGUAACACGGGUCUCCGAGAUCUCCUCAUGGAGCCCAUCCAGCGCAUUCCCCGUUACAAGCUUCUCAUCGAUGCUAUCCUGAAGCACGUCGAGCCUCGAGAUCCGUUGCGCAAUCGACUCGAGCAAGCCAUCUCGCUCGUCAGUCGCAUUGCUAGCUGCGAAGCCGACGAGAAGACGCGCAGAGCUGCCAUCUUGUGGAGCUUUAGCCGCAAUAUCGAUUCCUUUCCAGCCGAGCUUAUCAGUGUGCAUCGCAGAUUCAUCGAUUGCAUCGAUGUAGACGACUUUCCACUCGACUCCUCAGCAGCUGCUUCUGGCAUCGGUGCUUCCUUCUCCGGCCUAAAACCCAUCCCUUGCACGCUUUUUCUCUUUGACGAUCGCAUCGUCAUCGUUAAACGCGCCCACGCCUCUACGAGCGGUCGCAAGCUCGUUGGUCUCGACGACAUCGGCCGCCUCACUUCUCAGAUGAAAAUUGUCACCGAAAAGAGUUCUACUGCAUCUCUGCUUGUCCAAGGCAAACGCCCCGAACUAGCUUUCCGCGGCACGGUCAGCCUGAUGGAUAUCGAGGCUCAGGACCUCGGCGGAACCGACCUACAACUCACCUUGCUUCGUCAACCUAGCCACGUCAUUGGAGAUAAAUGGUCCAAUCGACCUCUCCGUCAGUAUGUGGCUGUCGACAUCUCUGCACCGGCGCCCUCUACACAUGGGUCCCGCAUUCACACAGGCUCUUCCUUGCUCGAUGCUGAUGUUUCGGCAAAGCUCGAAAAGAUGCGCUUUCUCGAAAGUGUCUGGAAAGCCAAGGCACUCUACAAGGCCGCUCAAAGCCGCUGCGAGACUCGAUGCAUCAUCCUACCUGCCUCACGUCGAAGAUACGACUCGAGCGAUGUUUUGCCAGGCGCGCCACAAACAAGCACGAGGCUGCAAGACGCGCGCAAGCUCAUCUACUUUCAUUUGCAUUCAAGGCAGGGCUAUGCGGAUCAACCGAUCAGGUCUGCUGUGGCCAUCUCUGUCGAUCAUCAUGGCGUUGAUGCACGAACACGUCUGGGCAGCUCUGAGCUGACUCAUCCGCACGCGAUGCUGGACGUGAGCCACAUCGACGAGAUGGAAGAGGAAUUCCUAGCACAGGUGCGUACCAAGGCAACUCACGAUGGAGGCGAGGUGCAUGGCGAGAUGCACACGCUGUCAUCUGCAGAUCUCGGCGACCACCUCGCGCAACUUUCAGACGAAGUCGAAAAGCGUUUCGGCAGUGCAGUUCGCACGUACACACUAAGUCAACCGGGCACUCUUUCUGGGUCAGGUUUCCGUCAGCGAGCAAAGGCAGCUGCGGGUCUCGAGAACUUUGGCCGCUCCCUCCUCUUCGGCGCAAGCGCGGCCACAUCCAGUAUUUCAAGUGCCGGCAUAUCCAACCUCGACGUAUUCGGAUCGCCAGCCCGCCGCAGUAACAGCAAUGCAUCCAAGAGCACUUUGAGCAGCAACGCAGCUUCCAUCAACAGCCGCGGUAUGACCAUGUCCACGGCUGGCACCAGCAUUAGCAGUCGUAGCGGUGCUUUUGACGCUUUCUCUCGUGGCACAACCAACUCGCCUGGUUCCUUCAGACGUUUUGGACGACGACGAUCUUCUUCCGUUGGGCCGCCUUCUAGUGUCAUCAGCCGCUGUGGUGCAGAUAGUGCCGAUGAGAACGAGGAUCAACUGUUGCGUCGAGCUCGAGCUGCCACUCCUGAUCCAGUCUCGCUGCUGUCCACAUCGGCUGGUGCCUCGACGCUAGCUUCACCUCGAUUGACCGGCGGCCGUAUUCUUGGCGGCCAUGUUCGGGCGAGAACGGAAAGCGCUGCACCCACCGCCACGAACUGGUCCCCAUCCAAGACUCAGGCGCCAUAUCAGCAACGCCAAAGAGCCGAUUCAGUCGAACUCAGUAGGACGCCGAGCUCCGCGGGUCGGAGACCAACGGGUCCCAGAGAACAGACAAGCCCCAGUCCUGUACCAACAUCGCGACGUAUGGAGCCAACAUCGCCAUCCUGGCUCAGUAGCGGUCCGACCACACCUCUUAACAUUCGUCGCAAACCAGCGCCAAAAGCAGUCCGAGACACUGACAACGCAGAGGACAGCAACGUGAAUACACCUAUCCGGACAAGGCCAGUAUCGAGCAUGAGCACCUACGGAGCUGACGCUGCGCACAACAGUGACGAUAACGAGCCUCAAGUAGCUAGAAGACGUGUUUCUGGCGCCAAACGACCGCUUUCUUCGAGCGAUGCUGAUGUCGCUGAAUUCACUCGACAAGGUUCACUCAGCAAGCGACGAUCGCUGGGACGCGACAGUGAAGCUGAUGCGCCCCGUCAGGCAGCAACGCUGCCACGAUCCCAGCCGCUGGCGCGGCUCUCAACAGAGGAGCAAACUCAACGCGCUUCGAUCUCGGAGAGCGAGACGUCCACGGAACGCGGGCAUGGCGAAAGCCACGCAGCGAAACCGCCGGCGACGCCCGUGCGCAACUCGUCUACGGCGUCCAAGUCGCUCGAGGCACGCCGGCGGAACGAAGCAAUGGAGCAUGGGCUGCGGAUUUUCAGAGAAGAAAUGAGCCUGCUAAGAUGUGAUAUCGACAUCUUGCAGAGCAGCAUGGCUGCCAUGGAAAACCAAGCACGUACCCCGCGCAAGCGACGCAGCGACGACUCGACACUGCUCAAUCAGGUCGACCUGAACGCUACCGCUUCAAUCAGUGCCGAGGUGGAUCACAUCUAUGCGCGAGUCAAGAAACUCGACUUGCUGUUAGCAGAUGUUGAUUCAAAAUGGAUCUCUUGCAUCCGUAUGCACAAUCGCAUCGUACACGAUCUCAACAACGCUACGAGUGCUCCUGCCUCUGGAGGUGCUCCUGCUCCUGCUGCCGAGCGUGCACAAUUGUCGCACUCAGACGACACGAGAGGCAGCAACGUCGAAACGUUGACCAAGGAAAAGGAGAAACUAGAGAUUCAAAUUUCGGCGCUCAGACGCAAAUGCGAGCUCCUGACCACACUCGAAGCUGACGGCCGGCUCGAAAACACCGAGAUCCACAAGGCGUUCAAUGAAGAACUAGACAUGCUCUACGAUCACACACAGACGCCGGAAAUCGACCAACUCGGCGUGCUUCGACAAGAACUCAAACGCACCAAGGCCGACCAGCAUCAGCUCAUGGUUGAAAACAAGCGCCUCAAACGCGACCUCAUCAUUCAACAGGCUCACACAGACACUUACAGAGACGCGCUCGCUAGACACGGCCUCUUAUGA